AUGAAGAUCGCUAUCACAGGAGCCCGAGGCACCGUUGGACAAGAGGUAGUCAAGCUAUGUGCCAAAGCAGGUUACUCUACAGUCCAGGUGAACCGUACCGAUGAGCAGAACGACGGUUUUGAGAACACCGAGAUGCGCACAGCGGACGCAGCGUCUGACUAUGAUGCGACGGUAAAAGCAUUCAAAGGCUGCGAUGCAGUCAUCCACCUUGCAGCCAUCCCCAACCCCGUCGACAAGGCCGACCACACGGUGCACUCCAACAACGUCAACAGCGCGUUCAACGGCUUCCGUGCAUGCGGCGAGCUCGGCAUAAAGAAGAUUUGCUACGCAUCCAGCGUCAACGCAAUCGGUCUCGCGUAUGCCAACCAGCCGCUCAAGUUCAAGUACUUCCCUAUCGAUGAGGACUACCCCGUUAACCCUACGGAUUCGUACGCGCUGGCGAAGCACGAGGCGGAGGUCCAGGCCAAGGCAUUCGUAAAUUGGUUCCCAGGCACGAAGAUUGCGUUGAUGCGCAUCCACGAGGUGGCACCGAAGAAAGACGUCAAGGACGAGCACGCCGAGAACUGGCAGGAGGCUGCUGUUGGCCAGCUAUGGGGGUGGGUGCACCCACAAGCUACGGCGCGCGCCUGUCUCGCCGCACUUGAAAAAGCAGACAACUACGAGGGCGCGCAGAUCUUCAACGUCGUUGCGCCUGACACAACACAGAAGACGCCGUCCAAGGAGCUGGCCAAGAAGCACUACCCUGACGCGGAGAUAAGACAGGGCCUGGAGGGCAACAGUGCGUUCUGGACGACGGAUAAAGCGAAGAAGAUUCUCGGCUGGGAGCACACCGAGAAGCAGUGA